GGCAGCCGCGGUCUGAGGGUUUGUGCAGGUCUACUUCCAACACCACGAACUCGCCAGUUCUUGCUACCCUCUCCGACGAGGUCAACAUGGGCAAGAGACAGACCAGCUAUCCCUUCUGGCUUGGAGGCGUCGGAGCCACCAUGGCUGCCUGCUGUACACAUCCUUUGGACCUCGCGAAAGUUCGGAUGCAAACUAUCCAUCCAGCUUCCGGUCCCGUCCAUCCUUCCACGCUUUCCAUCCUUCGAAUGACUGUCCGCGAGAGCGGGUUCAGGAGCUUGUAUACGGGACUCUCCGCCUCUGUUUUGAGGCAAAUGACCUAUUCCCUGGUACGGCUCGGUGCCUACGAGAAGAUGAAGGCAAGCCUGUCCAAGGACGGGCCUGCACCAGGCAGUCAUCUCCUCUUAGCCGCAAUGCUUGCCGGUGCGCUAGGAGGUCUAGCAGGAAACCCUGCCGACAUCCUACUCGUCAGGAUGACUAGCGACUUCGUCCGGCCACCCGCGGAGAGGUACAACUACAGCAACGCAGUCAGCGGCAUGGUUACCCUUGUCCGCGAGGAGGGCGCACACGGCAUGUUCAGAGGACUGGGGACCAAUAUGACACGAGCCGUUCUCAUGAACGGUUCACAGGUUGGCUCGUAUGACCUCUUCAAGACGAUGAUGCUGCGGAAUCCAAUACCCGUAAUCGACUACCAGCUGCAAGACGGUCUACUUCUCCAUGCAAUUUCGAGUGUUCUCGCCGGUACUGUUGCCACCACUGUAUGCGCCCCGGCAGACGUACUCAGGUCGCGCCUCAUGUCUGCGCACGGUGUAUCACAUCCCCUCCAAGUACUGACUACAGCCCUGCGGGAAGAGGGACCGCGCUUCCUCUUCAAGGGGUGGACCCCUGCAUUCAUACGACUAGGCCCUAACACCGUGCUGAUGUUCGUCUUCUUCGAGCAAUUGAAGAAAGGAUGGAGAACGUUGUUCCCUGCAACUUACCUUACGGACUCUGGCUGACAUUCUCGUCUGUCUAUCAUUAUUGGCUUCAUAGACUAGUUUGUUCGUGGUUCGUAUCUUGAUUAGAUGGGUCGUACAGCAUGGUAGACUAGAGCUUUCCACGUACUUCCUUAUACUAUUCACUAGAUGCUUGUCUUUUACUUUGCGUUCAAUGACAUUAGCUCUACA